AUGGCCUCAACCCACGACGGCGAGAAGGGACCACCAUUUACUCUACCUGGGGAUGAAAUCCACGAAAAUCCAGAUGCUGUCCCAGAUCCAAACGAAGUAUUCUGGGAGAAUGACACAGAUCCUUCAAAUCUUAUGAACUGGAACGCCACGUACCGUUGGUGCCAUAUUGUUUUUAUUACACUCCUAACAUUUGUCACGUAUGUAUUUUACCGGCAUUACAUAGUCGCUAGUGGGGUCGCCCGGCCCGCCAAUCUUGCCGAUCCGAUAUGUCUGGGGGAACAGUCUCUUGGCGUUCAUUGCAUUGGCAUUUGCUCCUAUUCCCUUUCUUUUAAAGAGAUAUGGGGCAAGAAUUAG